ACUCGAUUACUGUGGCAUUACUUUAUUGAUUACGGCGUCUAACAUACCGUGGAUUUACUAUGGCUUUUACGACAUGUUUGUACCCAAAGUGAUUUACAUGAGCAUAACCACAGUGUUGGGCACCGGGGGUAUGAUUCUCUCACUAAUGGAUAGAUUCUCAAACCAAGAAUACCAGAUCAUUAGAGGCACUGUAUUCAUAGCGAAAGGGCUGUGCGGCAUCGCCCCAUUCGUGCACUUUUGCCGAUACGUUCACAUCUCUAACCCGAUCGCCGCUCAGUUGGCAUUCAAAGCAAUUGUGAUGAUGCCGUUGAUGGCGAUCGUGUAUGUGUCGGGUGCUGUCGUGUACAUGAUUAAGAUACCCGAGCGAUUCGCACCGGGAAGGUUUGACCUGUGGUUUCAGUCGCACCAAGUGUUUCAUAUGUCGUGCAUAAUAGCGGGUCUCAUAUAUUUUCAUAGUCUGUCAUUAAUAGCCGAAUCCAGACUUAAUUAUCCCUCAAGAAUAUUAAAGCAUAAAUUCGAUGCCAUUCCUCGAUGGUAUGGCGACAACAGGUAUAUCCUGACCGGUUAUAGAGCGCCCAACCCGUCGGUCCUCUACUGUAUUCGCAGUAUAUUUAGGUUACAUAACGAGACCGGAAAUAUAUGGACGCAUCUGAUCGGAGCCCUACUCUUCGCCUUUCAAUGGUAUCACACAAUACACUGUAACCGACACGUCAGCAUCAGAUUCAACGAUACACUAGUAAUCAAUUGUCUCUUUGGUUUUUGCGUUAAUUGUCUGAUAAUGUCGACACUGUUUCACACAUUUCACUGCCAUUCCAGAGGUGUUGUCAAAUUGACGGCAAAACUUGAUUAUCUGGGCAUCUCUUUGGUCAUAAAUAUGGCACAACUUUCGUGGCUUUACUAUGGCUUUUAUGAGAACUUAGUCGCCCGACGGGUCUAUAUAUUGAUUACAGUAAUGAUUGGCAUUCUCUUGAUUAUAGUCACUCUUUGCGACCGAUUUGGCGAAUCCGAGUUCAGACAAUAUCGAGCCAUGAUAUUUGUUGCCAAAGGAUUUUAUGUUAUGAUACCAUUCUUCCACUUCUGCUACCAUUCCUACUAUUUUGAGCCACUUUUGGCCCAAAUGGCGUUCAAAUCGCUUUACAUGACACUGUUGUCGGGAUGUAUUAACCUGUCGGGAGCUCUGCUCUACAUAUACCGGUUCCCGGAGCGACUCAAACCCGGUUUGUUUGACUAUUGGUUUCAAUCGCACCAAAUAUUUCAUAUAAUGAACGCAUUCGCGGCACUCAUUCACAUCCAUAGUAUCAAACUUUUCUCUGAAGUCCGCAAGAACUCGACGACUGCCAGAAGUGCCGCCGCAAUAAUUACAUACAUGUCGGUUGAAAUCCAUGGACUGAUUGCCCCGUUGUUUGUGCUUAUGCUCGAAGAGUUGAUGGCAUCGUUCGCAUUGGUGUUGAUGCCAAUACCGCACUGCGAGAGUGGCCCCCAAUCGUCCGCCCGACCCAACGGACGCACACAAGAGUGUCGGGACAGCGACUCAACCGAUGGCCAACUCUUGGCCCGACUAUCACUCGAUUGUUUCACGCGUUUGGCACUAGUCUUGCCUUCACUCCAAUCAGACUUC